GAAACGUUCCAUACGCGUAUGCUCUGGUCUAAAAACUCAUCCCCCACUUUACCUGUGCGUCCCAAAUGAAAAAGUUGUGAGUCGGUAGGCGGCGCACGUUCACACCUAUGUUUUUCACUUCCUUACUUCAUUUGAGCAGAAAACAAAUGCAGGAAUGAGACGGGGUUGUCGGCACUGGCCAACACGAUCUACUGAAUCACAACUAUUUCGUACUGAAAUUUCGCAACUGGGGACGCAGUAUCUUGUUCCAGCCAUGAUUCAGGCUACCUUUGGGUGACAUACCCAGCUUUUUAAAGCUUGUUGUUCAUAGAAGGAGUGAAUGUGGACAAUUAUGUUAGUUCCGUCCUAACACACUAAAGAAGAAUGAAUAACUAUUUUGGGGGGGAAUAGCAUGAGAUUUUUCUGAUCCUCACCGCAGAGUCAAGACAUCGAUCAUUCCCUGAGGGUGAUCUACAUAACUAUAGGUUACAUUGCGGUCAGUCAAUGUGAUCAGCUUCGAUUCACCUGGCAGUUUCGAUUGUAAAUGAUGAUGAAGCUCAGUCGGCAAUUCACUGUUUUUGGAAGUGCCAUAUUCUGUGUUGUUAUCUUCUCAUUGUACCUGAUGCUGGAUCACCUGCAAUUAGACCAUACAAAAAGUCCAAACAGCGGUGGGGAUAAAUUGCCAAAUGGCCAGUUGUCCAUCCUGCAGGAUAAGAUUGACCGCUUGGAGAGACUACUGUCAGAGAACAAUGAGAUCAUAGCCAACAUCAGGGACUCUGUGAUCAAUCUGAAGGAGUCGGUCAAGGAUGGGGUUCCUGGUGGAGGGAACAUGAGCCAAGGGCCCUACCUAGAUCUGCUGGCAUCGCCUCCACUGGUCCUCCCUAUUGACUCACAAGACUGUCAGUUUGCGACAAGGGAGUUCUCCAAGCCAGCAGAUGGGGUGCAGUUGCUAGAUGUGUAUGACCUCCUGACCUUUGACAACCAUGAUGGGGGAGUGUGGAAACAAGGCUUUGAUAUCACCUACCAGGAGAAUGAAUGGGACAGCGAGCCACUGCAAGUCUUUGUUGUGCCCCACUCACACAAUGAUCCUGGAUGGCUGAAGACGUUUGACGACUACUACCGGGACCAGACCCAGCACAUCCUGAACAACAUAGUGGUGAAACUCCAUGAGGACAGCCGCAGGAAAAUGAUCUGGUCCGAGAUCUCAUACUUCUCCAAGUGGUGGGACAACAUCGACAACCAGAAGAGAGACGCUGUCAAGAGUCUGUUUGAGCAAGGCCAGUUGGAGAUCACAACGGGAGGCUGGGUGAUGCCUGAUGAAGCCAACUCGCAUUACUUUGCAUUAAUUGACCAGCUAUUGGAGGGACACCAAUGGUUGGAGAGAAAUGUGGGAGUGAAACCCCAGACGGGCUGGGCUGUGGAUCCGUUUGGCCACUCCCCUACCCAGGCGUACCUGUUGAAACAGGCUGGCCUGGCCAACAUGCUCAUCCAGAGGGUGCACUACUCCGUCAAGAAACACUUUGCCAGUCAGAAGACCCUGGAGUUCUUCUGGAGACAGAACUGGGACCCAGCCUCCAGCACGGACAUUCUAUGCCACAUGAUGCCCUUCUACAGUUAUGAUGUUCCCCACACGUGUGGCCCCGACCCCAAGAUCUGCUGCCAGUUUGACUUCAAAAGACUUCCUGGUGGGCGGGUCAGCUGUCCCUGGAGGGUCCCCCCUCAGCCAAUCACGGAUGGAAACGUACAACAGAGGGUACAGAUGCUGCUGGACCAGUACAGGAAGAAGUCCAAGCUGUUCCGAACCAAGGUGGUGAUGGUCCCCUUAGGGGACGACUUCCGCUAUGCAGAGGCCUUGGAGUGGGACCAGCAAUUCCAGAACUACCAGAAGCUCUUUGACUACAUGAACUCUCAUCCAGAACUACACGUCAAGGCUCAGUUCGGCACCAUCACGGAUUACUUCAACGCUCUUCGUAAAUCGGCCAUAGACCCGGGUCACGUUAGUGCCUCUUUACCGGUGGUCAGCGGAGACUUCUUUACCUACGCAGACCGAGAUGACCAUUACUGGAGCGGCUACUUCACCUCCCGACCCUUCUACAAACGCCUAGACCGCGUGCUGGAGUCACACCUCAGGGCAGCUGAGAUCCUUUACUCCCUGACCCUGGCUAAUAUUCAGAGGUUUGGGAAGCUGAAUGAUUUCCCAGCUGUGGAAAACAACAGACUGCUCACUGAAGCUAGGAGGAACCUGGGCCUGUUCCAGCAUCAUGACGCCAUCACAGGCACCGGCAAGGACAUGGUAGUGAUCGACUACGGUACCAGGUUGUUUCAUUCCAUUUUGAAUUUGAACCAAGUGAUUGUCAACUCCGCACACUGGCUGCUGUUAAAGGACAAAAGUGCAUACAGUCACAAUCCGUCAAAAGCCUUUCUUCAAAUGGAUGACAUCCAGCCUUCUCAAGAUGCCCUGCCUCAAAAAACCCUUCUGAAAAUCAGCUCACAGCCUAGGUCUGUGGUCGUCUACAACCCCACGGAGCAGGACCGCACGUCAGUGGUGACCGUGUACGUGAACACGCCCCACGUGUGUGUGAUCACAGACCACGGUCAGCCCGUCCCCGCUCAGGUUAGCGCGGUCUGGGACGACUCCACCACAGCUUCCACAGAGGCCUUCCAGUUGUCCUUCGUAGCUCAGGUACCAGCGCUGGGUCUUGGGCUGUACCAGUUGAGUACGGCUGUGAGCGGCGGGGCGGAGACGGCAGAGUAUGUUUUCCUUAGGCAAGGCGGCAAACUAUCCGUCAACAUGAAGCACUUCACCGUCAACAUCCCCCAGGACGCCUCCACCCCCCUCAGCAUCCACAACCCCCACAUCCAGAUCUGGAGCUCCCCCACCACCGGCCUGAUGGAGAGAUUGAAGCUGAAAGAGAACGGCUCAGAACACCAGAUCAAGGUGGAGUUUGCGUGGUACGGCACAACCAGCAACCGAGAUAAAAGCGGAGCCUACUUGUUCCUGCCCGACGGGGAAGCCAAGAUGUACUCUCCCGCCCGGUCUCCAGUGAUACGGGUAACCAAAGGAUCUGUGUUCUCUGAAAUCACCACUACCUUCGAUCACGUGACACACACUCUACGCCUGUAUAACGUUCAAGGUGUGGAGGGCCAGGCAGUGGAGAUCUGUAACUUGGUAGAUAUAAGGAGGGAGUUCAACCAUGAAAUUGCAAUGAGGUUAGCAUCAGAUGUGGACAGCAAGGAUCGAUUCUUCACAGACCUCAACGGAUUCCAGAUACAGCCCAGAAGAACCAUGGCCAAGCUUCCCCUUCAAGCCAACUUCUAUCCCAUGACCAGCAUGGCCUACAUCCAGGACCCCGGUACCAGACUGACCCUGCUCACUGCACAGUCUCUGGGCUCCGCCAGCCUUGUGAGUGGCCAGUUGGAGGUGAUUAUGGAUCGUCGGCUGAACCAGGAUGAUAACCGCGGGCUGGGCCAGGGUGUCCUGGACAACAAAGUUACCCCCAGCACUUUCCGCCUGCUCCUGGAGAAGAGGGCCAAGACCGAUGGGGGGGAGAAACCCUCACCCCUCAGCUACCCGUCUCUGCUGAGUCACGUGUCGUCGUUGUACCUGAACCACCCUCUGAUCCCCAUGGCUGUCAGCACGGAGGCACAGUCCCUGUCCUUGUCCGCCUUCACCCCGCUGGCCUCAUCGCUGCCCUGUGACAUCCACUUGGUCAAUCUACGCAGCAUACAGGCCAAGGAGGACGGGGGUGGUCCGUCGGACGAGGCGGCUUUGAUUCUGCACAGAAAAGGCUUUGACUGCGCCUUCUCCAAUAGGAACACAGGGCUACUGUGUGCCACCACGCAGGGGAAGAUCCACACGGAGAAGCUGUUUUCAGAACUGAGAUUCCAGAGCAUCAUCCCCGUAUCCCUGACUCUGAUGCAUAUGACUGAGGGAGGGUUGAGCAAAGAGGAAAUCAGACUGAAACCAAUGGAGAUCAGCACAUACCGCGUGCAGCUGACAUGACAGCUGGCCAGAGAGCCUAGUGCCUAGUCUGCCACGGCACAUGCCCAAAAUCUGGCCUCUGUUCCUGUGCCGAAAAACAUUGUCAGCGAGGCUAUGAAAGAAGCCUAGGGACAUAGUACAUCCUUGGAACAGACGGAAGGAGGGAAAGAGGAAGAGAGAAAGAAGGAGAGAGGGAGGAGGAUUAGGAAGGAGGGAGGAGGGGAAGAAAGGAGAGAGGCAGGAGGAGAAGGAAAUGGAACUUGAUUAAGCUUCAUUUUAAAAGUGCAGUAUGAUAUUGUUUGAAUCCAGUAUCCCUAGUUAUCCUGCAGUUUCAGGUUCUGUAUGUGUUGUGAACGUUUGUGUUGCAAUUUCACUUGAACUCACUCUACUGAGAAGACCACAGGUCCACAUUUCCUUUUCCACUAAUAUGAUUUUGUACAAUGUGAUUCCUUGUCUUGUUUUACCAAGGUAUGGUUUCAAUCAUAGUGAAUAUUGCUUAAUGUCCUUGGCAUACCGAAAAAAAGAUUUGAAUGACAACUGAUUCUAAAUAUAUAUUUUUUUAUAUGUUUCAUUGCAAGUGAGAUGCAGUUUUUAUUUUUCCAAAGAGCAAAAAUGUGCCUUAUUUCUCAAUUUCAUAAUGAGCCCAAUGUACAUACAGUGCCUUGCGAAAGUAUUCGGCCCCCUUGAACUUUGCGACCUUUUGCCACAUUUCAGGCUUCAAACAUAAAGAUAUAAAACUGUAUUUUUUUAUGAAGAAUCAACAACAAGUGGGACACAAUCAUGAAGUGGAACGACAUUUAUUGGAUAUAUCAAACUUUAAAAAAAAAUCAAAAACUGAAAAAUUGGGCGUGCAAAAUUAUUCAGCCCCUUUACUUUCAGUGCAGCAAACUCUCUCCAGAAGUUCAGUGAGGAUCUCUGAAUGAUCCAAUGUUGACCUAAAUGACUAAUGAUGAUAAAUACAAUCCACCUGUGUGUAAUCAAGUCUCCGUAUAAAUGCACCUGCACUGUGAUAGUCUCAGAGGUCCGUUAAAAGCGCAGAGAGCAUCAUGAAGAACAAGGAACACACCAGGCAGGUCCGAGAUACUGUUGUGAAGAAGUUUAAAGCCGGAUUUGGAUACAAAAAGAUUUCCCAAGCUUUAAACACCCCAAGGAGCACUGUGCAAGCGAUAAUAUUGAAAUGGAAGGAGUAUUAGACCACUGCAAAUCUACCAAGACCUGGCCGUCCCUCGAAACUUUCAGCUCAUACAAGGAGAAGACUGAUCAGAGAUGCAGCCAAGAGGCCCAUGAUCACUCUGGAUGAACUGCAGAGAUCUACAGCUGAGGUGGGAGGCACUGUCCAUAGGACAACAAUCAGUCGUAUAUUGCACAAAUCUGGCCUUUAUGGAAGAGUGGCAAGAAGAAAGCCAUUUCUUAAAGAUAUCCAUGAAAAGUGUAAUUUAAAGUUUGCCACAAGCCACCUGGGAGACACAGCAAACAUGUGGAAGAAGGUGCUCUGGUCAGAUGAAACCAAAAUUGAACUUUUUGGCAACAAUGCAAAACGUUAUGUUUGGCGUAAAAGCAACACAGCUCAUCACCCUGAACAUACCAUCCCCACUGUCAAACAUGGUGGUGGCAGCAUCAUGGUUUGGGCCUGCUUUUCUUCAGCAGGGAGAGGGAAGAUGGUUAAAAUUGAUGGGAAGAUGGAUGGAGCCAAAUACAGGACCAUUCUGGAAGAAUGAUGGAGUCUGCAAAAGACCUGAGACUGGGAUGGAGAUUUGUCUUCCAACAAGACAAUGAUCCAAAACAUAAAGCAACAUCUACAAUGGAAUGGUUCAAAAAUAAACAUAUCCAGGUGUUAGAAUGGCCAAGUCAAAGUCCACACCUGAAUCCAAUCGAGAAUCUGUGGAAAGAACUGAAAACUGCUGUUCACAAAUGCUCUCCAUUCAACCUCACUGAGCUCGAGCUGUUUUGCAAGGAGGAAUGGGAAAAAAAUUCAGUCUCUCGAUGUGCAAAACUGAUAGAGACAUACCCCAAGCGACUUACAGCUGUAAUCACAGCAAAAGGUGGCGCUACAAAGUAUUAACUUAAGGGGGCUGAAUCAUUUUGCACACCCAAUUUUUCAGUUUUUGAUUUGUUAAAAAAGUUUGAAAUAUCCAAU